AAUCCUAACAAUCUUUUCCCUUCUUUAUCAGGAGACUUCCUGGCUCUACCACGGAGUGACUGCAUAGUAGCAGAACAGCUGUGCCUCUCAGACUCCAUCUGCAAUGCCACCUACAGGACUCUGGAAAACUGUGACCUUGCUAAGACACGCUUCGUCGCGCUGGAUCAUGAUAGCAGGGUCAGAUGUCUGAAUGCAGAGCUGUACCUCGGGAACAGCUCUUUACUGCACUGCAAGUGCCAUCGGCGCAUGAAGAGACAGGAGCAUUGCCUGCGCAUUUUCUGGACCGUCCACUCCAGCAUGACAGAUGGUUAUUUCAAUUUGGAAACCUCUCCUUAUGAGAAUCCAGCAAUUGAAGAGCACUGGAAAACAGAUUAUAAUGAACUGGCAGCUCUGGUAUCAGGCUCUCAGUUAGCAGGAGAUGCAACAAACCCAUGCCUGAAAGCAACUCACGUCUGUAAUCUGAGCAAGAAGUGUGUUCGGCUGCGCACAGACUAUGCCUCAAUCUGCACCAGAGGGGCAGGAAGCGAGGACAUGUGCGACCGUCGCAAAUGCCAUCGAGGGCUGAGAAAUUUCUUUGAGAAAGUCCCAGAGGAUUUCACUAGAAGAAUCCUAUUCUGUCCAUGUCAGGAUGAACUCUGUGGAGAACGACGCCGGAAAACUAUUGUUCCUGAUUGUUCCUUUCAGUAUAGCACCAAACCCAAUUGCCUUUGGCUUCUGGACUCCUGCUUGGAAGACCAUAUCUGCAAAUCCCGACUGGCUGAUUUCCAACAAAACUGCCAACCUGCAGAUAUGUCCCCAGAUGGUUGCUCUCAGCACAACCAUGCUGCAUGCCUGCAGGCUUACAUGGGGAUGAUUGGCACGCCUAUGACACCCAACUACAUCAGUAACUCCAGCGUGGAGGUCUCCCUGUGGUGUACCUGUGAAAGCAGUGGCAACGAGAAGGAGAAGUGUGACCAGAUACUUGGCAUGUUUGAGAGCAACAAGUGCCUUGAAAAUGCUAUUUGGUCUCAAAUGCACCAGAAGCUGACAGGUCUGGAAAGACAGAAAGACUUGUAUUAUUCAUCUUCCCUAAAUUUCCAAGGAGACAGUGCCAGCACAUCUCUUGCUUCGGAAAUGUCCCAGGUGGCUGAAGUGAAGACACAGCAAGACACCUCUGAACACAGCAGUUUGCCUAUGGCCUCCUCUGUAUAUUCUGGAGCUGCUGUUUCUUGGCCAUCUCUGUCUCUACUCCUUCCCCUGUUGCUGAACCCACUUUAACUUGGCAUAAGUAGCAUCUUUCCUUCCCAUAUUAUUAAUCUUAUCCCAUAUCCAGGCACCUCCCACUACUGAUUUACCCUCAAGAAACAAAAGGCCUCUGUAAAAGAGAAAGGGAACAGCCUUAGCCUAUAACUGCAGUCACCGAAAACCUCUCCCUGACUUGUGCCCCUCUUUCCUCCAAUCAGUCUGCUCUGAGAUGCAGAUUUGGUGCCCACCAUUGCUUCUGCCACAUUUAGCAUUUUGAGUGACAGUCAGGCUCAUAUUCAACCACAGUAUUUUAAAACAAGUCUGCAUUCUGUCAGAACUUGUGUGGGGUUCUUUUUCUAACUAGAGGGAUGCACAUGACACUGUUUCCUACCACCCAACCUGUUUAAGCUCUUCCGUAGGCAUACAGUAUAAUACCAUCCUUAAGUGUCAGGUCCUGCACUUUGGCCACAACAACCCCAGGUAACACUACAGACCUGGGGCUGGAAGACUGCCUGGAAGAAAUAGACCUGGGGGUAU